UUGACACAGAUGGAAGACCAAGGGUUGACAUUUUGAAGAACCACUUGAUAAAAGAAGGUCGAGUGGAUGAAGAAAUUGCACUUAGAAUCAUCAAUGAGGGUGCUGCAAUAUUACGGAGGGAAAAAACUAUGAUAGAAGUUGAAGCUCCAAUUACAGUGUGUGGUGAUAUUCAUGGCCAGUUCUUUGAUCUAAUGAAGCUGUUUGAAGUGGGAGGAUCACCUGCUAACACAAGAUACCUCUUCCUCGGUGACUAUGUAGACAGAGGUUAUUUUAGUAUAGAGUGUGUGCUGUACUUAUGGGUCCUGAAAAUUCUCUACCCAAGCACGUUAUUUCUUUUGAGAGGCAAUCAUGAAUGCAGACACCUAACAGAGUAUUUUACCUUUAAGCAAGAAUGUAAAAUAAAGUACUCAGAAAGAGUCUACGAUGCUUGUAUGGAAGCUUUUGAUUGCCUCCCUCUUGCUGCUCUCUUAAAUCAACAGUUUCUUUGUGUUCAUGGUGGACUUUCACCUGAAAUUAAUACACUAGAUGACAUUAGGAGAUUAGAUAGAUUCAAAGAGCCUCCAGCAUUUGGACCAAUGUGUGACUUACUGUGGUCAGAUCCUUCGGAAGAUUUUGGCAAUGAAAAUUCGCAAGAGCAUUUCAGUCACAAUACAGUCAGAGGAUGCUCGUACUUUUAUAGCUAUCCAGCAGUUUGUGAAUUUUUGCAAAAUAACAAUUUGUUGUCAAUCAUUAGAGCGCAUGAAGCACAAGAUGCAGGUUACAGAAUGUACAGGAAAAGUCAAACUACAGGGUUCCCAUCAUUAAUAACAAUUUUUUCAGCACCUAAUUACCUGGAUGUCUACAAUAAUAAAGCUGCUGUGUUAAAAUAUGAAAACAACGUGAUGAAUAUUCGUCAGUUCAAUUGUUCUCCUCAUCCUUACUGGCUACCAAAUUUUAUGGAUGUUUUCACAUGGUCUUUACCAUUUGUUGGAGAAAAAGUAACAGAAAUGUUGGUGAAUGUUUUGAGCAUUUGCUCUGAUGAUGAACUGAUGACAGAGGGUGAAGAUCAAUUUGACGAUUCUCUUCUUCUUCCAUUGAAAGUAGGUACAGCUGCCGCACGGAAAGAAAUAAUCAGAAACAAGAUUCGUGCGAUUGGCAAGAUGGCAAGAGUCUUCUCUGUUCUCAGGGAGGAGAGUGAAAGUGUGCUGACACUCAAGGGUUUGACUCCCACUGGAAUGUUACCUAGUGGAGUGUUGGCUGGAGGACGGCAGACCCUGCAAAGUGCCACUGUAGAGGCAAUUGAGGCUGAAAAAGCAAUACGAGGAUUCUCUCCGCAACAUAAAAUCUGCAGUUUUGAAGAAGCAAAAGGUUUGGAUAGGAUCAAUGAGAGAAUGCCACCAAGAAAAGAUGCUCUUCAGCAAGAUGGUAUUAAUACUAUAAACACAACAAAUGCCAAUGGAAACAACGGAACUGGCAACAACAAUGCACAGUGACCACGUCAGCUUCCAGUUUACUCACUCAUGUCUUGCCUGAGAAUUCCUAGAUUACUGCUUUUUGAUGUGACAACAGAUGAAAUAGCCAGGGGGAUCGUGUGAAGUGACUACUUAAUAUGAGGUGGAAAACCAUCUGACCUGAUCCCAUUGAAGAAAGACCAUCAUGCUUUUGAGACAACAGCCCCUCUCCUUACAUGGUGACCCAACUUCCUGGGACCCUGCCUCACCUAUUUACGUGAAUUCCAUCACUUGGCUGCUGAAGCUUAAGAAGAGAUCUUGGGAAAGAAUUGGGCUGUUAUCACUAAAGCACAUCUAGACUAGCAUCUUACGCUUAUCGUUGUCAACACUUUUUAAGUUUACAAAUGGGA